UUUAACUUUUACUAUGGAUGAUAUACUUCUUGGGCAUGUUCGUAUCAGUAGAGCUGCUAUCUUUCGUCGGUUGGACUUCUGCUCCUCGUCUUUCUGAUCAUGAAGCUGAUGAUCCGUCGGUAUCGUCCCUCAGACAAAGACACUGUCCUGAGGCUGUUCAGCGUCUGCAUCCGGGAGCACAUUGGCCCUUGUUUCCAGAAUGCCAUGUCCAGUCCUCUCUACAUCUCCAUCACUCUGUCUCUGUGUCUUGCUGGCUAUCUCUUCAGCUCUUUGAUGGUGACUGUGCUGUUACCAGCAGCCUGGGCUGGACUUAUCUACUACUGCUGUCAUGUGUCUUUUGCCAGCUAUGUUUCUGAGAGACUUCGAACGGACAUGCAGGACAUCGUGGGACACUACCUGAGCCGCCCGGAUGACUGCUUCUGGGUGGCUGAGGCUGAGGUUGAUGGAAAGGUGCAGGUGGUUGGAAUGGUGGCUGUGGUCUGCAGGCAGAGUGGCGAUGAAAAGUACGGGGAAUUGUUCAGGAUGAUUAUAUCACAACAGUGUAGACGGAUGGGGCUAGGCUACAGGAUGACCCAGGUUGUGAUUGAUUUCUGUAAAGAGCGAGGGUUCACCAAGGUGGUGCUGGAGACCACCGAUACCCAGAUGGCUGCUGUGGCUUUGUACAAAAAACUGGGGUUCAAACAUGUCCUCUUACACAGAGAGGCACACACUUCCUUCUGGGUUAUUUUGUUGUCCCGGGUGACUAUUGUCAAAAUGGAAAAGCUGUUGUAAACAUUUCUUUUUGUGCUGGUUCUACAACCAGACAACUAUUUCAUAGAAGCAAUUAUUACAUUUAUUAUUGCGAUUUGUAAAAAUGUAAAUGAAUAAAAAUUCUGUUGUGAUCAAACACUAUGGCGCCAUUGACAGAAUGUUAACUCAUUGUCAUGGUCUGUGUCUGCGUCUCACCUCAUGUGUCUCCUUCUGUCCUCAUUCGUCUCUAGGUGCUCCUUUUGUGUCUUCUAGCGCCCUCAUGUGUCGUGUCUGCGUCUUCCUCAUGUGUCUCCUGGUGUUCCCCAUUUGCCCUCUAGGUUUCCCCCCUCGGACUUCCCUCUCCCAGGUCCUGUGCUCUCUUGGCCCCCUCUUAGCCACGCCCCUGUAGUUUCUUUCUGUAGUGUUUUCCUUUAGUGUCAGCUUCCCCUUAGAAUAUUAGUUAUGGUUCACGCCUUCUGGUCUUUUGUUUUUCUCUAGGGUCAUUUUCCUUUGUUACAGCCUUUCAUUAUUUAGUGUGUGUUUUCCCACCAGUGUUUUUCUUCCUCCUCCCUGAGUUAGUAAUUGUGUUCACCUGGUCCCUCUCCCCACACAACUGCAAUUCAUCUCCCUCUCAUCUUCGCAGUAUAUUUAAGCCCUGUCUUGUCUCGGUGUUGUUGACGGUCCAUUGUAAUGUUGUCAGCGUGUGUUGGUGCUCUUAGUGAGCUUUUUGUCUCAAGGUUUUUGGUGCUCUAAGAGAGCUUUGGGUGUCCUGUUCUCCAGGACUUUUGGCCCGCUGCCAUUUUGGAUUUAUUUUUGUUCUUCCUAAAUAAAAGGAUUUUGACUUUUA